AUGAGGCUUCGUUGCGUUCUGCUAUUCGCUGCUGCCGCUGCUAUUGCUGUAUGUAGCGCGGAUGCUACGUCGAUGUCCACGACUGUGGGGGAGAGAGAUGAAGUUGGCGCAGCCGCCAACAGAAGACUGAGGGGUAUCGACACAGCGGAUGAGCUCGACGAUGAAGACAGCGAGGAGAGGGGAGCUGUUGAUUUGAGUAAGCACGCAGACGAAGUGUUCAAGGUACUGAAGCUGGACGAUGGAGUGGAAGAUCUCCUCGCCAAUCCGAUCAUGAAGGAGUGGGUGGCCGAUGUGGAGAAGAUGAACAAGCUCAAACCAGAGAACAAAGUCUCGAUAUUUGAAACGUUGAUUUGGAACUACGAUCAAGCCACUGCCGCAAAGAUUAUUGGGCGUGGAGCGAGGUAUGCCAGUACGGAGUCGUUGGCGAACUCAUUAAGAAAAGAGCUUAUUCGGAGGUGGUCCUCUGCGAACGAAUCCCCGGCUGAGCUACUCAAGGUGCUAAAGCUCGACGAGGAUGCGCUACCAACCCGGCUCUGGGAAUACUAG